AAAUCGUUUUGAGCAGAACAGACGAGGGAGAUGAAGAUGAUCGGCGAAAGAGAAGAAGUGCAGCGAUGGAGGAGAGGAUCGGCGGACGCUCGGCGGAAAAGAUGAUCGGCGGAUGAUUGGCGGUGGAGAAGAUCGGCGAACGAUUGCGGAAGAGAGGAUCGGUGGACCAUCGGCGGACAAGAAGAUCGACGGACGAGAAGAUCGGUGGAAGAGACGAUCGGCGGAUGGUCGACGGAUGAUCAGCGGACGAUCGGCAAACGAUCGGCGGACGAUCGACGAACGAGAAGAUGAUGAAAAUUUCAGCCCGGCCGGUUGCAACGGGUCGCACGAGUUUAACGGGCGGGACGGGUCUGACGGGUUUCAACGGGUUUCAACGGGCCAUUUGCUUAAACGGGUUGAAGUAUUCAACCGGCCCGUUUUCAGGUCUGGGUCUGGUUCAACCAGUUCAACCGGCCGGGCCGGGCCGGGUCCAAAAAACAUUUCUUAGUGUACGAAAAUUUGUCCAAAUAACUUCUGCGUCAUUGCUUACAUUUUCAUUUUGUGUGUGAUAAUUUUCAGAUGCGUCAAAACGAAAGUUAAAUAAGAUUCAUAUAUGGUCCCAAAUUAAUCCCAAUCCAAGCGCAAUAACAAUGAACCUUUUCU